CAAAUCACCGCGCUCGUCCCGACGACAACAAACAUCGCCCGCCACUGUUGCCUCUUCUUCUUUUGUGCUUACUCAAUCCCUGUAUACUAUUUUUUGUUUGUUCAAUCAUGGAAAUUAACGAUGGUGAGGAAGAGGAAUUUGAGUUCUCAAGGAAUUACUUUCUGGCAAAAGAAUUGGGCAGUUCGGCUAAGAAAUCGGCCCGUAAAAUAUCCGACAUUGAUCUAGUCGAUGAACAGGAGUUGAGAGCAGCAACAGCUAGUAUUGAACCAAAGCAUGAGAAAGAGAUAAUUGCUCUUAUGAAUAGUUAUAAGAAGCUAUAUUCCAGAUGGGUCUUUGAGCUUAGGUGUGGUUUUGGCCUUCUAAUGUAUGGAUUUGGAUCUAAGAAGGCCUUGAUUGAAGAUUUCGCAUCUACAACGUUAUCAGAGUAUCCUGUAGUGGUAAUCAAUGGCUAUCUUCAGUCAAUUAAUCUGAAACAGGUCAUUAUAGCCUUAGCUGAACUUUGGUUGGAUCAAUUGAAAACCAAACGAAAGACUUCAUCGACUUUGCCUAAGGUUCAUCAGCCAUUUAGUUCUCGGUCUGUGGAUGAUCUUCUCACAUUUUUGGAUAGAUCGGAUGUGGAGGAAAUUGAUUCUUUUCUAUGUGUUGUCAUUCAUAACAUUGAUGGACCUGGGUUAAGAGACACUGAGAGCCAACAGUACCUUGCACGAAUUGCUUCUUGUUCACAUAUUCGUAUCAUUGCCUCUAUUGAUCAUGUCAAUGCACCCCUCUUGUGGGACAAGAAGAUGGUUCACACUCAAUUUAACUGGUAUUGGUAUCAUAUUCCAACCUUUGCACCAUAUAAGGUGGAAGGAAUGUUCUUUCCUUUGGUUCUUGCACACAGCAGCACAGCCCAAAAUGCCAAAACAGCUGCAAUAGUCUUACAGAGUUUAACCCCUAAUGCUCAGAGUGUGUUCAAAAUUCUUGCAGAAUAUCAAUUGUCGCACUCCGAAGAAGAAGGCAUGCCUUUUGAUAAUCUAUAUACAGUCUCCCGAGAGCGCUUCCUUGUAAGUAGCCAGGUUACUCUCAACUCCCAUUUGACAGAAUUCAAAGAUCAUGAAUUGGUCAAGAUCAGACGGCGCAGUGAUGGCCAAGAUUGCCUCUAUAUCCCUCUUGCAACCGAUGCACUUGAAAAACUACUUUCUGAGAUCGGUUGAUUAUGUACACUUGUAUUACUUGCUAAAAAUUGACCGUUUAUUAAUAGAAGAUUUGUUUUGAAGGAAUUUUUUCUUUUUA